AUGCGUGAGACUUCUGUGUUCUCUGUGCUAUUGGAAUCUAAAAUGCGUGAGACUUCCGUGUUCUCUGUGCUAUUGGAAUCUAAAAUGCGUAAGACUUCCGUGUUCUCUGUGCUAUUGGAAUCUAAAAUGCGUGAGACUUCCGUGUUCUCUGUGCCAUUGGAAUCUAAAAUGCGUGAGAUUUCCGUGUUCUCUGUGCUACUGGAAUCUAAAAUGCGUGAGACUUCCGUGUUCUCUGUGCUAUUGGAAUCUAAAAUGCGUGAGACUUCCGUGUUCUCUGUGCUAUUGGAAUCUAAAAUGCGUAAGACUUCCGUGUUCUCUGUGCUAUUGGAAUCCAAAAUGCAUAAGACUUCCGUGUUCUCUGUGCUACUGGAAUCUAAAAUGCGUGAGACUUCCGUGUUCUCUGUGCUAUUGGAAUCUAAAAUGCGUAAGACUUCCGUGUUCUCUGUGCUAUUGGAAUCUAAAAUGCGUAAGACUUCCGUGUUCUCUGUGCUACUGGAAUCUAAAACGCGUGAGACUUCCGUGUCUUCCAUGCUACUGAAGUGA